AUGGGGAUAGAGUUACCCCCUCGGAGGACUGAAAAUGGCACCCCUAGUCUACAAUCUGUCGCAAAAUAUGUGAAUUAUCGAACAUAUUUGGACGUCAAUGGCACUUACUGGGAUCAAAAUGUGCUUGUUGAAUACUCAUUUUUUGAAGAUUUAUCCGGUACCUGGAAGAUUUUUCAGCUCGGGGUGAAGUCAGAUAUUAUAGCACUUACAGAAAUAUUAAAUGAAAAAGGUUUUAUUAUAAUCCCAGCUUUGGAUUUAUUAAAUAGUUUCACCUACUGCACUUACAUGUAUAUAUAUGUGAGGUCUUCAUGUAUUUAUAAUUUCCUUUCCUUUCCAUCAUCUUAUCACCUCCAGGUGAACGCUACUGAUCCUGAUGAAGGAAGCGCCGGACAGGUCACCUACUCGCCCUCCACCGACCUGGUCCCGACCCCUUCCCAGUUCUCUAUCAACCCCCUCACCGGCGACCUGUGCGUCAUCAGCAGACUGGAUAGGGACGCCGGCCAGGAGGAGUACAACUUUGCCGUGAAGGCGACGGACGGAGGAGGGCUCAUGUCACAUGCAUUCGUCAGAGUGAUCCUAGAAGACAUCAAUGAUAAUGUUCCUGUUUUUACGUCCCUCAACUACAGAGGUCACAUUGAAUACGAUGCUGCCCUCGGUACGGAUGUCAAGCUUGUGGUCGCUGAAGAUAGGGAUGCCAGAGAAUUUGGCCGUGUGACCUAUACCAUCGACUCCAGCACCAACGAUGGGACAUUUGCUAUCAACCAAACUACAGGUCUUAUCACCCUGGUUGGUUCCUUAGACUGGGUCCAGCAUCCAGUCUACACCCUGGAAGUCAUUGCUACCGACGGGGGCGGUCGUACCUCCGCCAACCACGCCCAGGUCACCAUCACGGUGGCCGGGCCAGACACGUCGCCCCCGGAGUUUGAAUCCUCGUCCUAUGCAUUUUCCGUUCAGGAGAACGCGGCUCAGGACCUUGUCGGUGCAGUCAAAGCAGGGCAUAUUGAUCCAGGUAUCACCUUUCCAAUAACCUACACGCUGACAUCUGGUGAUCCUAAUGACUUCUUCCGGAUCAACACUACCAGUGGGGAGAUAUUUACAAGAGGUUCUGGGCCUGAUCAUGAGCAGCAAGCUUUUGUCCUCAUCACCAUCCAGGCAGCCAGUGGAAUGCCUCCUACCUACGACGAUGUCCAGGUGAACAUCACCGUCAUUGAUGUCAACGACAACGUCCCACAGUUCAUGGCGCAGACUGCGCGUACAAGCAUUCCAGAGAGCACGGGAAUCGGAAGUUCUAUCUAUGUCGCUACAGCAAUGGAUCUGGACAGUGGUGAUAACGGAUUGGUGAGGUAUCGUCUGACGUCGAAUCCAGGGAACACGUUCAGGAUAGUUGAGGCAACUGGUGAGAUCAUCUUAAAUAAGGAGGUGAGCUACAACGAUCAGCUAAGCUUUGAGGUGGACAUCCAGGCAUAUGACGCUGGUGAGCCAUCGCUCGAAGGUAGCCUGACCCUCACCGUCAUCAUCCUCGAUGUGAACGAUAAUGGUCCCGUCUUCACCAUGGGUUUCUACCCGGUAUCUAUUCUUGAAAACCUACCAAUCAGCACCCCUGUCGUUCAGGUCGAAGCAACUGACAAUGACCGCGGCGCAAACGCCCUCAUCACCUAUACCCUCACUCCAAACAACGACUCGCCCUACUUCGCUGUCUUUCCUCGCGAGGGAUGGCUGUACACGCGGCAGGUGCUGGAUCGGGAGCUCAAGUCCACCUUCACCUUGACCAUCAUGGCUUCCGACAGUGGUAGCCCUCCGCAGAACUCCUCGGCCACUGUACAGGUUACCGUGGUGGAUGCCAACGACAACGCUCCACACUUUACGAAGAAGAGCUAUCACUUCCACAUCAAUGAGAACCUACCGGCAGGCACUGAAGUGGACCGAGUGGAGGCUGUAGAUCCAGACCUGGGUCCCAAUGGACAGGUCACCUACACUCUCUCUCCUUCAGGGGAUUUUACCAUUGAUGAAGAAGGUGUCAUAAGAACAACCCACCCUCUUGACCGAGAGGCUGCCUAUAGCUACAGACUGAUCAUCAGGGCCGUUGACGGGGGAAACCCUGCCCUGAGCUCCUCAGCUACCGUCUACAUCAAUGUCAACGACCUCAACGACAACGCUCCUGUAUUCUCCCAAGAUCGUACCUACCAAGCGUCGGUGAGGGAGGAGCAACCUGCUGGGGAGUUUGUGGCAUGGAUCAUCGCUACAGACACAGACAGUGGAGUGCUUGGAAAUAUCUCCUACUCGCUGAUUGACAGUUCUCCCAAGUUUAUAAUUGACUCCUCCGGUGUUAUCAGCACUGCUGCAGCAAUUGACAGAGAGGACGAAAGCUACUACACUUUGACUGUCCUAGCACAGGACGGCGGUAAUCCACCCAUGCAAGCAACCGCAAGUGUCAGGGUUCGCAUCCUAGACCUCAAUGACAACGUGCCUAUUGCUGCCAUGUCUGCGUACAUUUUCACAGCUGAUGAGAACAUCCAGCCGCCUACAGUAGUCGGGGUUGUAUCAGCCUCGGACAUGGACGUAGGUGACAACGGCAAGAUUUAUUACUACAUCACGGAGGGCAACGACUUUGACGUGUGGGAUGUGAACCACAGCUCCGGUGAAGUCUACAACGUGAGAGUCGUGGAUUAUGAGAUGGCAGCUCACUAUACCUUGACGAUCAUCGCCCAGGAUAACAAUGUUCCUCAGACGCACUCCACCUCGAUCAGCGUCACCAUCAACAUCCUCGACCAGAACGACAACACGCCUGAUUUCGAUCAGGACCUGAUCUACCUGACCCUGCAGGAGAAUGUCGGCAUCAACCACGUCCUCUGGACAGUCUCUGCAACAGAUGCAGACUCUGGCGCCAACGGCCUCAUCCGCUACACCAUCCUCACAGAGCAAGACUUCUUCGCAGUCGAUGAGUACACGGGCACCCUUCGCACCAUCCAGAACGUGGACCAUGAAAUCAACCAUGUUUUCCUCCUCGUCAUACAGGCGCAGGACCAGGCCAUCAACGUCAGCGCACGGAGGGCGGCGACCAGCACGGUGGAGGUCCGGAUCUACGACAGCAACGACAACAAUCCUGUGUUUGUGUCCAGGAGUUCAACCGAUGUGAUGGAGGAUGAGCCUGUCGGGUUCAAUGUGAUUCACAUCAUAGCGACGGAUGAAGACAGCGGGGAGAAUGGCAGAGUUGGUUACACGAUAACCUCUGGAAACGAGGAUGGCAAGUUCAGCCUGGAUGCAGUUACUGGUUUGCUGACCAUUGCCCACUCUCUUGACCACGAGCACAAACGAGACUAUGAGCUGGUCAUCCUGGCCACUGACCAUGGCACCGUCCAGCGCAUGGCCACCCAGACUCUCACCAUCAGGGUGAUUGAUGUCAAUGACCAGCCGCCGCGCUUUGAGCAGUCCAUCUACGUGAUGAACGUCUCGGAGAGCCAGGCACCUGGGACGUAUGUCGGAAUGGUGGUUGCUAUUGACGGUGAUUCAGGUGUCAACGGCAGGAUAACCUAUGAGCUUCCAGAGGAGAUAGCCAGAGGGAUGUUCCGGAUCAACGCUACAACGGGAGAGAUUAGAACCAAAGCCAUCCUAGAUAGAGAGCAAAGGGAUUCGUAUGUAGUUACAGUCUAUGCUAUGGAUGGUGCUUUCCCUGCCCGCUACGACAUGGCCACCGUUCUCGUCUACGUGAUGGACGUCAACGACAACAACCCGACCUUUGCCCCUCCGACCUUUGACAUCACCCUCCCCGAGAACCAGAGUCCCGGUGUCAUCCAUAACGCAAUAGCAACGGAUGCGGAUGAGGGCCCAAACGGAGAUCUUAUCUACUCUAUUACAGGUGGUGAUCCAAAGAACGCCUUCUCUAUCAAUCAAUCUACCGGUGCAAUCUUCACUGUGGGGGCGCUUGACAGGGAGGACGAGGCCACGUACACGCUGACCAUCACUGCAACCGACCAGGGCACCUCGCCCAGAAGCGGGACCACAACCAUCCGUGUGACGGUGACCGACCUCAACGACAACGACCCCGUGUUUGGAUCCAUGUCGUACUAUAAGAGCAUCCCGGAGAGCACCGCCAUCAACGCCACCAUUCUGACGGUGGUUGCUACUGAUGAUGAUGAAGGGUUGAAUGGAGAUGUGUACUAUACCCUUGAUAAUACCACCAUUGGGUUGUUUAGCAUUGAUCCAGAGCAUGGCGAGAUCACGACUACUGGUAAAUUUGACUACGAGAAGGAGACCCGCUACACGUUCCAAGUGACGGCCACCGACAGUGGCGUCUUCGGUCCUCGCAGCGAGCGAGUCCAGGUGAUCAUCGACAUCAGUGACGUGAAUGACAACGCGCCAGUGUUCAAGACGAUCCCUAUCAGAGCUAACGUUACCCAGGACGCCUCCUCCAACACCUUUGUUGCUAACGUCGAGGCAGAUGACAAGGAUUCAGGGGUUAAUGGAGAAGUUAACUACAGAUUCACCCAGCAGUCCUCGUCCUUUGCUAUUGACACCGUCACUGGCGUUAUCACAACAAAGUCCCUCAACCCUGGCACGCUAUUUUAUCAUCUGGAGGUCAUGGCCUUUGACCUCGGGUCACCAUCGUUGAGCAGCAAUGGUAUCGUUGAGGUGUGGGUAGGAACAUCGGGAUCCGGUGGCCUCCAGUUUGGCCAGCAAACUUACUUGGUGCAGCCAUCGGAGGCAGCGGACAAUGGGGACGUGGUCCUUUCGCUUUCAGCCUUCCUGCCCGACGGAUCGAGCUCCAAUGACAUCGUGUACAGUCUGGUCAGCGGGAACGAGAACGGAGCUUUCGGGAUCCAAGUACAAGCAGGUGGAAGUGCAAUCCUGGUGGUAGCCGACACCACCAAGCUAGACUACGAGACCCAACCCAACAUCAGGUUGGUAGCGGAAGCAAUGCGGACCCCCGAGAACUCCAGCCCCAUGUACGGCUACGCCACCGUCCAGGUGGAGCUGACGGACGCCAACGACAACGCCCCGCAGUUUGUCCAGGAUCGUUAUCAGAGCAGGGUGUGGGAGGUGCCCAAUUCGGAUAUCUAUGUUACUCAGGUAUCUGCAACCGAUGCUGACGAAGGCACCAACGGAGCUAUCUACUACGAGGUCACCAGCGGCAACACCGACAAUGCCUUUGCCAUUGACCACGUGACCGGUAUAGUGACCACUGCCAAGAGCUUGGACUAUGAGAUUGAAGAUUCAUACGUGCUGACCGUCGUCGCCAGGGACGGAGGGUCACCCCAGCUGACCGGUACGGCCACCAUGAGGAUCGGCAUUGUGGACGUCAACGACAACCAACCCGUCUUCGUGCAGAUGGAUCCUGUCAGUGUUAGUGAAGACCUCGGUGUGGGACUAUCCGUCACCACCGUUACAGCCACAGAUUCGGACACCAACCCCAACAUCCAGUACAGCUUCACAUCGACCGGCAACCCUGGAGGGUACUUUGCCAUCGACCAGUACAGCGGGAUCAUCACCCUGGCCCGCAGUCUGGACCGCGAGACGCAGGACGGAUACACGCUGGAGCUGGAGGCUACGGACACCGAGUACACGACCACCAUGACCCUGGAGGUCAUUGUCACGGACGAGAAUGACAACGCGCCCGUGUUCCGUCAGGAGUCGUACCAGGUCACUCUCCCUGAAUUAACUCAGCCUAACGUGGCUGUCGUAGCGGUGAAUGCUUCAGACAAAGACAUUGGACUCAAUGCUGAGCUGACCUACAGCUUUGUAGACUCUCAUCCAUCUUUCUACAUCGACCCGAUUACUGGUGUCAUCUUCACCAAUCAAGUCAUUGAGUUCAAUGACGUAGAGACCACCAUCCAGCUGUACGUCACUGCCACGGAUAGCGGAGCACCGGCCCUCUCAGAGUUUGUCACCGUCAGAAUAGAGAUCACCGACGUCAACAACCAGUCCCCAGUGUUUGUGGAGGACAUCUACAGCGCCAGCGUGUCUGAGAACGUAUCCCUCGGCCAUCAUGUCAUCACCGUCGUCGCGGAGGACAUGGAUCUGUCACCCGAGAACAGCAAGAUCAAUUACUUCAUAGAGAGUGGCAAUGAUCAGGGGAAGUUUAAGAUCGAUGCGAAUGAUGGCAGCAUCACUGUCCUUGAAAGGCUCGACAGGGAGGCGACGGAUACCUACACGUUGAUCAUUGGCGCCGUCGAUAACGGAGAACCAGUGAACAACGCAACGGCUGAAGUUGUGAUAGAAGUCGAGGACAUCAAUGAUCACUCUCCUAUUUUUGACCAUGUCCAGUACGAAGGAAGAAUAGCUGAGAAUGCAACAGCAAGUACAUACAUUCUGACAGUGCAUGCUACAGAUAGGGAUAUAGGAUACAAUGGGGAGGUAGAGUACAGCAUCAUAUCGGGUACCUACAGUGAUCUGUUUGCUAUUGAUGUUGUAAGCGGUGCGGUGACUGUCAGGGGAGAGCUGGAUCGGGAGGAAGUUGAAAGGGUGGAGUUCACCGUCCAGGCCAGUGACCGAGGCAUGGAAAACCAGCUAGCAUCUGUGGUCUUGGUUACAAUCACCAUCACAGACUUCAACGAGUUUCCACCGUACUUCCCGCAGCUGUUCUAUCACUUUUUGGUUCCGGAGAACAUGCCAGUGGAGACGUACGUGUUCACCGCAGGAGCUCUUGAUAAUGAUGCAGGGGAAUACGGAGAGCUCACCUACUCCAUCAGAGGUCUUGGCCCUUCAAACGGCGAUGAUUACUUCACCAUUGAUCCUGUUACAGGAGAAGUGUUCACUGCAGCGGUCUUUGACUAUGAAUCCGCCAACAGCUACCGCUUCGUCGUCCAAGCCCAAGACACAGGAGGUCUAAGCAUAUCCAUCCAGACCGAGGUCAACAUCACCAGUGUGGAUGAAUUUCCUCCUAUGUUCAAUGACCAGGAAUACUAUUUUGAGAUCGGCGAUGGAGCAGAUGCUGGUGAUUACGUGGGCCAGGUAACUGCUACGGAUGCGGAUGGUGGUGAAGAUGGGGUGGUGAUCUACAGUCUCACCCAUGAGUUCUUCUACAUCGAGGCCACCACAGGGAUCAUCAAGGUAGCUAAGCCGUUGAACUCCAGUGCGAGAAAGAGGAGAGGGUUGGAAGAUCGAUUCACACAUAGAUCCAGACGAGAAAUUGAUCUAAGUGCACAGAGUAACUUUGCUCUUAAGAUCAUUGCCAGCACCGGUAAGCCAGGUACUUUAAUAGACGAUACAACUGCGGCGGUGUCUGUAGUCAAUGCUGCAUCCUCCAUCCCUGUCUGGAUUAUAGCUAUUGUCGUUGUAGCAAUACUAAUCAUUCUUCUGUUUGUUGUCAUUGGGAUUAUCCUUGUAUGCAGACAGCGCAGGAGGAGACGAAAGAAGGAGGCCCAGGCUGACAAACGUAGCGUGGCUGGAUCCAUGUCGCCACGUUCCUACGAUGUGACCUUUGACCCUGUUGAAAUGGGAGCGCAAGGGAUGGUCAACCAUGGCAUGAACUCUUCAGGUCACUUCCCCCACAGGCAGCUCUACGGCAUACCAGGUUCAGGGGGUGGAAUGGGCCACACCAACAUCUCUGAGCCAUCCAACUCUGCUUCCAGCGGGAGAGGCUCAACAACCAUGGAGGAUGAGGAGAUUAGGCGCAUCAAUGAGGGUGGGACGGGAGCUCCAAAGAACAACAUCAGAGAGAAAGUGAUCGAUUCAGGUAUCGCCCAGGAUCAUGAGGAUGGAAGUGUCUCGGACGUGAACUCCCCGCGAGAGAAGCACCUCAAUUACCUGAACUCUACCAGUGUGGAAAGCAUGCAUGUGUUUGGAGAGGAAGGGGGUGGGGAAGCUGGAGGUGGUCUCGAUAUUGGACAUCUUAUCUAUCAUAGGUUAGAUGAAGUUGGGGCAGAGGAAGACGAUGCCAUCAUGGAUGGAACCAGGUUGUUCGGUUUCACAGAGGAUGGCCAUCCUUCCAUGGCAGGCUCAUUGAGCUCCAUUGUAAAUAGUGAUGAAGAACUAUCCGGUAGCUACAACUGGGACUAUUUAUUAGACUGGGGACCACAGUUUCAACCCUUAGCGCAUGUUUUCGCUGAAAUCGCUAAGCUGAAGGACGACACGGUGGCGAAGAGGCAAAUGACAGAUCCCAGGCUGCAGCAGAAAAAGAGCUUGCAUGCCAACGUGAAGAACUAUCCACCACCUUUACUAACAAACACUCCGCAGGGUCCUAUCAAGCCCGUAGCGCAGCGAGUGAUGAACAAUACUUCAAUGUCAAACCAUUCCCAACACUUGCCAAGGUCACCUGUCGUUCAAGAGAGCGCGUUUGUACCUGCCGUGGUCUCCCCCGACCUCUCCCCAUCACUCUCACCUCUUGCCCCAGGCUCCUCCUCCCUGUCGCCACUAGUCACGUCAACGGGCGUCAGCUCCCAGAGCAGUAGGGUGACAUCAGGCACCACCACUCCCCAAAGGAUGCACUACGGUGGGGGCAUCGUCUUCACGCACCCCACGGCAAAUGACGACGAGAUCCAAAUAUAAGUACCUCGAACAUUCCAUUUGUCUCGUAAAGCCUAUGCAUUGACAACUCUGUAUAUGUUGCAUUAUGUGAUGGACAUUUUGACUAUAGUUUGUUCUCUUUUUUUGUGUGUUUCCAUUCCGAUGUGUUUUCACAAACUUUAAUUGUACGGUAAUUGUAUUGAAAUCGGUUUUGUCAUGGUGUUGUGAGUGACUGCUAGAUGGAUGUGUUGGUGCUAAUAUACUAGAUGGUAGAAGGCUUUAACUAAUGUGAAUUACAUAUAUCUGUCUGAAAAAUAACUUUCAGAAUUUUAAAAAUGUGAAAGGUAUCAUAAAGCAGUUCUAACUUGUCCAAUUUUACCUUGCAUAAAAUGUGCCUUGAGCGCUAGCUGCUGCAGUUGAAUCGUUUCUUCAUACUUUUUUUAGAGCAUGAAAUGUUCCAUCACACUUUUAGGUCUUGUAAAUAAUAUUUCCCCAUAUUCCAUCCUAUUUAAUGAUGUUGAUCUUAAUAGUGUCACAAAUCCAAAUGUUCACUCCAAUAUCGUCAGUAAAUGUCAAGAAACCUUGUACUCAUGUUUUAUAAAUGUAUUCGAAUACCAGUUACUCAAAUGGAUGCAAGCAAGUCAUUUCAAGUUCGUACAGUUUGGGGAAGUAUUGAAACUAUGUGAAUUGUUUUUACAUAAAACUUGUGUUGCACUUGUAUUGUAAGUAAAUAUCAAUUAAACGUUGUUGUCUAAAGACAAUGAAUUUGUGUAUCAGCACUGAAUAUACAAAUUAAUUUAGUUUUUGUAUACUAUGAAUUUUUAAACAUCUCAUUUGAAAUAACUAUGGCAUUGUUUAUCAAUGUUAUUACAUGUGAUAAUUUUGACAAAAUUGAGAUUUUUAUCAACUGCAAUUGUGCUUGGCACUUUUUUGUUUAAAGUGAUAGAAAUUACUGAAUUUUUUGUUGAAUAUCAGCACUUAUUUGAAUUGCAAAUUGGAACAAUUUUCAAAGAAACUCCAAUUGGCACAUGUCCUGCAUAAACUAUCUCAUUGUAAAUGUUUGCACUUUCACUAAAUUUUUAACAUGCUGAAAAAAAGAUUUUCAGUAAAACUUGAUGAUGUGAGUUUGUUUUUUAUGUGAUCACUACUGAGUUUGCACCGAAAUUGCUUGCUUGCAUCCAUUGAGAGAAAUGUAUCGGUUGUGCGAUCUAAUGGAAGACAUUCGUGACAACAUAUUUUAAGACAAACAUUAUACUCCCUGAUAAGUCAUAAUGCAAUUUUAUCUUGUAAAUUGCAGUACUAGUUCCUGUUAUUUUUUGCAGUUGAUAUGUAAAUGAAAAAAUGAUAAUUAAUAUUUUUCAUGUAAAUCUCACUUUUAACAGGAUUUUCAAACCGUUAUAGUUUUUUUUAAAACAGCAGUCAUGUCUUCUCUAAAUCAUGACUGGUCAGUUGUAUUCUUUAAAGAAGGAUCAACCAAACCUAGUAGGGUAAUCUGCUAUAAGAAUCCCAUCUACUUUUACCCUGAUGAUAUUACUUGAAUGUGAGAGUUAGUCUUCAAUAUUAGUGAAAUAUUUGAAGGGGCCAUUGCCCGGAGCCUAUACAUGUUUGUGGUGCAAAAUGCCAUCCGCACCCACACUCUGAUUAUAUUGAUUCCAAUAAAGUGUAUUCAGUAUAUGAAAUUGGUAAUAUAUUCUACUUUGAUAUUUAAAAGUCACCGUAGCCAUGCAAAUCUUAUGAUUCAAUUUAUUCAUCAAUAAACAAGUACUAAAGAUUUUGUGAGAUAUUCAAAAUGUAUUCAUUCACUGUACUUCUAAACUACCGUACUUACAUGCAAUCUGAACACCAAGGUACUGAAAACACCAAACAUUCAGACAUUUCAAAAGUACUCACUUAAGUAUACAGAAUAUGGUGUUAUUAAGGUUAUUAUUAUUAUUAUUAUCAUUUCGCUACUGAAAACGCCAAAAAUUUAAACAUUUCAAAAGUACUUACUAGGGUAUACAGAAUAUGGUGUUAUAAAGGUUAUUAGUAUUAUCAUUUCGCUAACAAUUCACUUUUUGUCCAAAUGCAUUAGAUGUUUAAAGAUGUAAAAUGUAAAAUUUUUGCACAUGAUGUGACAGGGUUUUUAGCAUUCUCUUUUUUUUUAUUCCUUCUAAAUAAUUCUAUCAAUAAACUUGAGAAAAUAUAAUCUAUUUUGUUGCAGUAAUGUACCAAUCCAUGAAUCUCAUGCAGUAUUAAUACAAGCUUUGAAAAUGUCAGUCGUAAUGAUGUGUCUUCCAACACAAUAAUGUACCACCUAUACUUGUACAUGUACUGGAAUCAAGUUCCCUUUUCUUCCUAUAAUGCUUGGUAUUGUGCUGCUGCAUACUUUUAGCGAUGCUCUUUUAUUCAUUUCUUGCGCGAAGGAAUAAUUUUUCAUUUCUUGCGCGAAGGAAUAAUUUUUCAGUCGGAUACUUUAAUAUUUAGGGAACAUUUGUCCAAUGGAUGGAGACAAGUUGCAUUUCUUUAUUGAUGUGGGUUUUGUCAUGAACAAAUUUACAAGAUGGAGACUUUUGUUUUAAGUAUUUAGUCUGUUGUACCAGAAGGGCACUAACUCAUAUGCUUUGACCUUUCUUGCUCUCAACAGUCGAUUUUGUGUUCUUAACAACAGUAUUGCUAUCUGUACAACAGUAACAAUCCAAGAUUUUUACCACCUGUAAAAAUGUAUUGGAAAUAUGACAUUGCUCAUUGUACUUACUUUUUAGUAGUGGAAAUUAAUUAAAAAUUCAAAUGUUUAAUUCCAAUGGGCCCUUUGUCUUUUUAUUGAUGGGGAAUAAGAUUUGCUGAAAAGCAUAUGUUGAGAGGUGGAGUUUGUUUUGAAGCAAAAUGUCUCUUAAACACUUUUUGCAAGCACCUGCAUAAUUACGAGCAUUACAAUAAUAAGCUCAUAUGUAGCAAUACGAGGCAUGUUAAUUUGUAAGUUGUAACAUGUCAACUGGACCAAUCCUGUUGGUAUUGUCGUUAUAUAUGUUGAUCUGUAGAAAUAUUUUGAUGUUACCAAAGCAUUGUGUUUAAUUGUUUUAAAGUCUUUACAUAUUUAUUUGCAUUUUUAUGGUAUUCAUCCAUAGAAGGAAGACAAUUUUUCCUUUUAAAAUUGUAUUCAUGUGAAAAACGUAUUCAUAAAUGAUUUACUAUGAGAUGUAUUAUUAUUAUUACAUUGGUGUAAAUAUUGAGAAUUUGUCUUUUCCUGAAGCCAAAUAAAGAAAUUUAUACGUAUAUAUGACCAAUUAAAUAA